UCAAUCUUCAUUAUCUUGUGACAACAUGGUCGUGGGUAGCUUCACCGUAGAGCAAGUGUCGGCCUUCCCUCCGGCAAGGCUAUGGAAGGGGGGCAUCCUCGACGCCCACAACCUAAUUCCGAAGGUCCUGCCGGAAGUCAUCGCGAGCAUCACUAUCAUUGAAGGAUAUGGUGGGGUUGGCAGCAUCAGAGAAAUGAAAUUCACCGAAGCUAUUAAGGACAUUACUCAAUUGAAGGACUGCAUCAAUGUUGUGGAUGAUGAGAAGCAUGUCUUCAAAUACACUGUCAUAGAGGGAGGGUUCAUCGGGUUAAAACUGAAAUCUUACUCAUUUGAAACUUGCUUGGAGCCUGCAGGAGACAAUGGGUCCAUAUCCAAGCUCACUGUAGAGUACGACACAAUGGACGGUCAGUCUUUGACUGAUGCUGAUGUCAACAUGAUCAAGGGUGGGAUUAUAGGGAUGGCAAAGGCCAUCGAAGGCUAUCUACAAGCAAACCCAGAUGCAUAUGCUUAGGCUAGUUGAAUUCUACUACUGCUUGGACUGUAGUCCAUGUGUGGAGUUUGAUUGUUCUACUUGGGAAAUUCGUA